UUAAACAGAAGUGUUGGGGGUGAACAGUGUAGUGAAUCGAAUGGUAAAUGCAGGGGUAAUUUGGCUCUGUACUACAUUUGUCCAACUUGUGAAAGGUGAAGCAAAAAUUGUUAAGUAGAAGGAAGAUUUUAACUGAAGUUAAAAUGGAUUUCAAAUUAGAAGAGGAUUUCAAUUGUUCUGUGUGCUGUGAGGUCUUCAAGGACCCAGUUAUCCUGUCAUGUAGUCACUGCUUCUGUAAAGUCUGUCUGCAGAAGUUAUGGAAAACCAAAAUAUCCAGGGAAUGUCCAGUCUGCAGGAGGAGAUCAUCAAAGGAACAUCCUCCCCCAAAUCUGGUUUUAAAGAACCUGUGUGAGACCUUUUUACAGCAGAGAAGUCAGAGAGCUUCAGCAGGGUCUGAGGUGCUCUGCAAUCUGCACAGUGAGAAACUCAAUCUAUUCUGUCUGGAGGAUAAGCAGCCUGUGUGUGUGGUGUGUCGGGACUCAAAAACACAUAAAACCUACAACUUCAGUCCCAUUGAUGAGGCUGCAGUAGAUAUUAAGGAGGAACUCAAGAUCAAACUGGAGCCUCUAAGAAAUAAAUUAAAGACCUUUGAAGAAGUUAAACUCAUCUUUGACCAAACAUCAGUGCACAUUAAGACUCAGGCCCUAAACACAGAGAAACAGAUCAAGGAGGAGUUUGAGAAGGUUCACCAGUUUCUACAAGACGAAGAGGCAGCCAGGAUAGCUGCACUGAGGGAGGAAGAGGAGCAGAAGAGUCAGAUCAUGAAGGAGAAGAUUGAGAAGGUGAGCAGAGAGAUCUCAUCUCUUUCGAACACAAUCAGAGCCAUAGAAGAGGAGAUGGGAGCUGAUGACAUCAGAUUCCUGCAGAACUACAAGCGCACAGUGAAAAGAGCCCAGUGCACACUGCAGGAUCCAGAGAGGGUUUCAGGACCUCUGAUCAAUGUGGCAAAACACCUGGGCAACCUGAAGUUCAGAAUCUGGGAGAAGAUGCAGGAGACAGUCCAAUACACUCCUGUGACUCUGGAUCCCAACACUGCACACCCAUGGCUCAUCCUGUCUGAGGAUCUGACCAGUAUGAGACGUGGUGAUGAGCAGCAGCUUCCUGAUAACCCAGAGAGAUUUGAUGAGUAUGCCAGUGUCCUGGGCUCUGAGGGCUUUAACUCAGGGACACACUGCUGGGAUGUGGAGGUUGGAGAGAACACAAACUGGGUGAUGGGUCUGAUGACAGAGUCUCUCCAGAGAAAGGGAGACUAUACCUCCAUGAGUGGACGGUGGUAUGUGGGUUAUGAUGAUGAGGAAUAUGGAGCAUAUUCUCCACCACAGACCUCCACUCUCCUCACAGUGAAGCAGAAACUCCAGAGGAUCAGAGUGCAGCUGGACUGGGACGGAGGAAAGCUGUCAUUCUCUGACCCUGAUAAAAACACACAUCUACACACUCUCACACACACUUUCACUGAGAGAGUGUUUCCAUACUUUAAUACUGCCUGUAAACUCUCUCCUCUGAGGAUCUUACCAGUGCGAGCUUCAGUGAAAGUAGAGCAGCACAGCAAGAGAUGAUGUCACUGCUUUAAUGGGCUUUAAUCCAUUGUGUGAUUUUAGUGAAUGAGAGCUUUGAAUGAUACGAGGGAAAAGGCGUUGUAAGAAAAAAAUGGGACGUUUCAGGAACGUUUCUUGUGUUUGAUGCAGCAAUCUGGCUUAAGUCCAGUAAAGAGCUGUAACAAAGCACAUGAAUAUACUCAGGAUUCAGCAGUGUAGGUCUGAACAACAAGC